AUCUCGAUCUCAUGUAUGUAUCUGCAGUGUGAUAAGCGUUCACUUUGUACAGAUCUGUAUUUCGUCAGCACAAUUCUCCAAUUCCAAAUCUACAGAUCGAUGUGUAUCGCAGCUGGACAAUAUGUUCCCGGAGAUCCUUUACACCCAUUACAUAAAUGUGACAUUUACAGGAGUAAAGAAGCUGGAAAAAUACUGAAGCAACUCAUGGAGAAAGGUUCCUCAUUACCUUGGCGAGACAUUCUGUUCCAAGCCACUGGCGAAUCUAGGCUAGACGGAAGUGCUUUGAGGGACUACUUCCUCCCGUUGGAGGAAUGGCUUACGAAUGAAAACUUAAGGACUAGAGAGUACGUAGGGUGGCUUUACGAUGGGGAUUACUGCAAGAGAAGCAUUGAAACCGCCGGCUUGCAAGUUUUUGGAGGUUACUACGAUGGCUCGAACUCGAUAUCUCCCUCCUUCUCCCUUUUAACUGGUGCUAUUAUAAUUUCGAUAAUUUACUGUAAAACGCGUAUUUAAUUGGAAAUCUGAUACAUCGAGAGCUCAACAUGAUACUCCAGGUUGUUAAAAACUUAGGGAAAGAGCGUCAAAACUAUCAUAUUUCGUAGUGCCUGGCUACCAGCUUUGUGAUGAAGAGAUAUUGAACUGUUUGAAAUUGACGAUAUUUUUGUAUCUUUAUUUGUAUAUAAUUUUAACGAUAAUAAAAUUUUAAGAAUUA